UUUUUUUUUUUUGGUAUUUUAUUUUUCCACAAAAUUUGUUGAAGUAUUUCGUUCAGAAAAAUGAUUUGUGAACCUAAUUUUGAUUUGCCACAAAAAUUCGAUAUAAAACAAUUGCAAAAUGCUGCACAAAUCGAUAGCAACACCACUGAAAACGCUCCUGCUGAUUGGCUAUUGCAACAUGUUAAGCCUAAAAUUUCCUAUUUGCAAAAAGAUUUCAAUAUUUUACCGAAAUUCUAUGACCAAUUCGAACAUUUAAAUCGUGUACUAUCGGUAAAGGAAAAUCAAUACUUAAAUUGUCGCUGGAAUCAAUUUCUGAAUAAUGCACCACGGGAAUAUGUCAAAAUACGUUUAUUUCAAGAUUUUCAAAAGGAAAAGGAACAUUUUGUGGUCAAGCGGAAAACAUUAAAUGGUCAAUUUUAUGGUGUGGACAAUAAAUUAGCACCAAUACCGCAAUUAGAUGAUCCCAGAAAAUAAUGAAUUUUUGCAUGUUUCUUUC